UGAAGAAAGUUCAACAAGGAAAGAACUGAUCCAAAGAUACCUGUGUUGACCAUGGCUGUUCCCAUAGCAGUUCUUGAUUGUGAUCUCCUGCUUUAUGGGCGUGGACAUAGGACACUAGAUCGGUUCAAAGUGGAGGAUGUUACUGAUGAGUAUCUGCUCUCCACAUAUGGCUUCCCACGUCAAUUCAUUUACUACCUGGUGGAUCUUGUAGGUGCCAGUCUCUCUCGACCUACCCAGCGUUCCAGGGCCAUCAGCCCAGAAACACAAAUUCUUGCUGCUCUAGGUUUUUAUACUUCUGGCUCUUUCCAGACUCGUAUGGGAGAUGCCAUUGGCAUCAGCCAAGCAUCUAUGAGCCGAUGUGUUGCCAAUGUUACUGAGGCCCUGGUGGAGAGGGCUUCUCAGUUCAUUCAUUUUCCAGAAGAUGAAGCAUCUGUCCAAAAUCUGAAGGAUGAUUUCUACGGGCUGGCAGGUAUGCCAGGGGUAUUAGGACUUGUUGAUUGUAUCCAUGUAGCUAUAAAGGCACCCAAUGCAGAGGACUUGUCAUAUGUGAAUCGAAAGGGCCUUCAUUCUUUGAACUGUCUGAUGACCUGUGAUGCCAGAGGAAUGUUACUGAGUGCAGAAACACACUGGCCAGGAAGCCUGCAGGACUGCACUGUGCUGCAACAGUCAGCCCUUAGGAGCCAGUUUGAAGCUCGCCUGCAUAAAGAUGGCUGGCUUCUAGGUGACAGUUCUUUCUUUCUUCGUACUUGGCUAAUGACCCCCCUGCAUAUCCCUGAAACACCUGCAGAAUAUCGCUAUAACAUGGCGCAUUCAACCACUCACAAUGUCAUUGAGCGAACAUUUAGAACAAUGCGUUCUCGAUUUCGUUGUCUGGAUGGGUCAAAGGGCACCCUGCAGUAUUCUCCGGAGAAAGCCAGCCACAUUAUCCUGGCCUGCUGUGUACUUCAUAACAUCUCCCUGGAGCAUGGGCUGGGUGUGGGGUCUUCCCCAACUGUAGGACCAAUGGAACAGCCAGAGGAAGAAUAUGAGCAUAUGGAAUCACUUGAUUCUGAAGCCGAUCGAGUUCACCAGGAAUUAUUGCUCUCUCAUUUUAGCUAGCUUAAUGAGAUACGCCAAGUCAGAUUUAAGAGAAAAUGAGAAAAACAUAAA